CUUCCGACGACCCGACAGAACCUUUCCCAUCUCCAUCCGUCCACCGCAUCACCAUCCCGCCAGCAUGUCUGCCUCGCCUUCGCAGACUGGGCCAGCGGCUCCCAGAGAAGAUGUUCAAAUGACCACAGCGGACUCGCCUGCCCCAGCUCAGGGCUCCGAAGCCGACGAUGGCCUCUUCGGCGAGGAAGAUGGCGAUGCUUCCCCUUCCGCCGCAUCUCAGACGGGCGUGGGUGCAGGCGCUGUCGCCGACGAUGACGAUGAUGAUGAUGACAUCCGGCCUACAGCUCGUAGGAGGAAGCAAGCAGCAGAGUCUGUAUCCCCGCCUCCAGGACAAAAGGACAGUGCUCCUUCAGGACUUCCAACCUUUGAUGACGAGGAGGAAGACGACGAUGAUAUCUUUGGCGGCGGCGAAGGCAGCAUUGACCGCGAACCCUCUGCAGAAGACCAAGAAGAAGCGGCGCGUCUCGCUGCUCUGGAGUACACCGAGGAUGGACAGCCCAUGGGGGCCCGCGGCGCUCGCUCGGCUUCGCCUGCCGGUGUGGCUACGAUUGCGUCAAUUUCUCUGCCUCAUGUUGCACAACGCUUCACGCCGUCGCACAUGGUACGACUGCCCCACUUCCUACGGACAGCAUCUUCCGUGUACGAGAGGGAGAAGUACAUUGAUGAGCGCGAAGAUGCCAUGGUCCGGGAAAAGGAGGAAGCAGAUGCAGAUGAGAAGCUCAGGGACGUCGAGAGGAGACUGAGAUGUGACAAUACAGUUCGCUGGAAGCUGGACGAGAACGGCAAUCGGGUUAGCAACAGUCGCUUCGUCAAAUGGAGUGACGGAAGCUGGACUCUGCAAGUGGGCAACGAGCAAUUCGACGUAUCUGGCUUCGACGCAAGGUAUGCCGGCAGCAAAGGCGCUUCGGCGGACGCUCUCCAGACAGGAUCAAGCCAAUCGCAGCCCACUCAAAGCGAGACCCAGGUCAAAGCCUCUACCUCGCGAAUGCCUAGCCAGCCCUUGACCUAUCUAGCAACGGCGGACCCGCGCUCAAAGAUGUUGCAGACCCUGGGUCCCCUCUACUCGAACGUCUCUAUCCAACCCGCCUCUCUACAAUCGGCCACACAUCGUCUCAUUUCUUCGAACCUCUCCUCACUUCGAGCGCGACAAGCUGCAUCCAAAGUCACCAUGUCCGAGCUGGUCAUUGGUGAAAAGGCGCCAGAGGAGAUCAAACGCGGAAGAGGAGGCGGAGCUGCAGAGUAUGUUGAGAGGUAGGAGGAGAGGGCUUGUCGACGCCGUUGCCAAGAGCGGCAAAGUGGCUGGUGUCAGGGCUGGAGCUGCUGGAAAGAGGACGGCAGGAUCAGCCGACGAAUAUGAAGAGGACGAAGGAACGUACAUGGAGGACGACGCAGAAGGCUUUAUUGUCAACGACGAGGAAGACGACGAGGAUGCUGAAGGUGAAGACGAAGAGGAGGAGCAGGAUGGGGCCGAGGACGAAGAGGAGGAGGAGGAAGGCGAAACAAGGAGAAGCAGCAAGAAGAGCAAGAAGAGCAAGACCAAGAGUGGAGACGCGAUGGAUGUGGAUGAAGGAGAGGAAGAAUUGGAUGAGAUGGAAAAGGCUGAGCAGGAGAUUGAGAGACAGGAGGCAGCUCGAGUACAGGCCAAGAAAGAAGCUGCU